CCUCGACAACAAUAGCAUACAUUUCCAAUUAUGGUCCUCGAAGAAGCAACAAAUCAUAGCGAGCCCAACUCGUUUGGCGAAUUGCCCACACCCGAGGACGGCAAUGUCUCCCAAACACCUACCCGCUACCACAUCAAGCUCGACCAGCUGCCUCGACCAGUGAAUCUGUUCAUGGUCCCGGUACGCGACGAUGCCAUAGUGAAAACGAUUUUACGAAGCUGUCAUGAAGCCCAAGCUGUGAUACACCGCCCACUGCGUCAGGAAGAGGUGGAUGCCAUCAGUUAUCACUUUGCCAAAUCACUACGGACAGUUUCAUGGGGUCCUCCUGUCGGCAUUGCUGGCGGUGCUCUAGCCGCAUACCGUACGAUGGGCAACUUCCGUUUCCCUGGCUACACCCCCAAGCCUGAGUCUGAGGGUGGUCAAUUCAACCCUGAGCGUUUCGGUCCUGUGCGUGGUCAGAUGGCUCGUUACUGCUGGCACACUUUGCGCUUCCAACUCUACGGCGCUGUUGGUUUCUUUACCGGCGCCAUCCUGUUCGCCAGUUACGCCACCUCGGUCAAUGCAGUCGAGACUGGCUCAGAUCCUCGCAUGAAAGAUUACAUUGAAGCGCUCAAGAAUCGCGCACAGAGACACACCGGCCAGAUGCAGCCUCAAGGCCAACGCAACCCCAUCAUGAGCCAGGAAGGUCGCAUGGAUCAACAAGCACAACGCGCUUCGCAGAAGCUGGGUAUGGAGGAUGCAUGGAAGCGUCAGGAUGUACAACGCAAGGCUUCUGACUACGACGACAUGAGCCCGACCGGAGGCGCAUGGAUGGACGAUUACAAGCAAGAGACUCAAGAUACUGGUCUUCUGACCGAUGACCAGCUGAAUGCCCGAGCCCGCACCGAACAGUCGAACGCUGAUCGCGCCGAGCGUGCUGAAGAGUCUAGAGUUGCUGCUCAAGCACAGUCUCGUGUUGACCAAUCGCGACGAAACAAUCACAACAGCACUGAUGACAACUCUAUGCUCGGCGCUUCCCAGCCUGCACAGGCACCUCGUUCUUCGGGUAGUACUUGGGACCGGAUUCGUCAGGAGUCGGCUACAUCCAAGGGUUCUCCUCGCCAAUCACCUACCAACACUCCCCAGGUAAAAAAUGAGCAGCAAGAGGGUUCUACACUAGGCGACUCAUUCUCAUUCUCUUCUUCCGACGAGGAGAGACAGCUGGCCAAGAUUGAAGCACAGAAGGAGUUUGAUGCCAGAGUAGAGAGAGAACGUCAAGGCGGUGACUUUUCCGAGAGUGGUGGUAAGGGAGGAUGGAGAAGGUAGAUGGAUGCCAUCUGACCGUUGCCUUACCUGUAAAUACUGUAUAACAUACUUGUCAUAUACCUCGAGUUAUUGAGCCAUCACAUCUAUCGUACACAUCAUGUGGCUUGAGCCUGGAU